AUGGCCCACCGAAAAGUAGUAGAAGCAGUAGACAGAUCUUUAAGGCAAAAUGAUCGAUCAAUGGGCGGUAUCACGGUUUUAUUUUGUGGUGAUUUCCGACAAACCUUACCGGUAAUACCACAGGGAACCCGAGCUGAUGAGGUUGGGGCUUGCCUAAAAAGCUCUUAUUUGCGACGUGAUAUACAAUCGGUACUUUUGACUAUAAACAUGCGAGUGAGAACUGGAAAUAACCCGGAUGAUCGUCAAUUUUCUGAUAAAUUAUUAAAGAUUGGGGAAGGUACCUAUCCACAACUACACCAAGGAAAACUUAUUCUGACGCCUGAGUUAUGUUGUAUAGUGCAAUCCCAACCACAUCUUAUAUCGUCGGUGACGUAA